UACAAAGAUUUGGCGUGCAUCGCACAGACCAGGUCGGAGCUCUGAGACAUCCCCGCCAUGAACUAAUCAAUGAUUUGUACUGAACCUCAUAACCAAGACAAGUUGAGCGUCAACUUCGAGGUCGCAGAUUAGAUCGAACCGAAAGUCUGAACAAAUACAAGAACUGCCUUAUUAUACACAAUGUCUGCCGAAUCCGUACCAAUAUCGGCCGCCCGGUUCGCCUCCGCCCUCAAUGACCUCCCAGUAUCAGCCCUACACGCCAAAGUCCAAGAGAUCCGCAAUUCAAUAGCCCACCUCGAGCUUUCAAACACCGAACUUGAGAAGUACGUGCGAGAGGAGGAUGACAAGGACUGCUAUGAAGCACUCAUGGAAAACAAGGAGGUGAUUAAGAGAAUGGAAGAGCGGAUUGAAUUAGUGAAGAGGGAGAUUGUCGAAGUGCGCGGUCUACCUUUUGAGCCCGAGAAGGCGAAUACAACGGCGGGUACAGGACAGAACGGGGGCGAUGGCUCAUCACCCACUACUCGAGCCAGCGGGGAGCAGAAUGGCACCUCAGAAGAGCCAGGGGAAGAGGGCGUAUUCCUAUGAGUGCUCCAGGCUCUGGAUUAUAGCUUAUGCAGGCAACGUAAAGCAUGUCUGCAAGAUCAUCCGGCCCGAAAGACCUGAAAGAUCACGCUGAGGGCAGUGGGACAAACUUCAUUGUUGGCUCUAUACAGCAUUAUAUCACUAGGCAGCCCGUCGGACUGGAUGAACCCGAAUUGGAGGC